AUGUUCAACAUUGGCCGUAGCCGCGCGGCGGCGUCGGCGCUCAGUGCCGCAAAGCGCCACGCCACUCCUUCUGUCCGACUGCCCGGCGUCGCUCAGCAGCGACGAGCUCUCAGCAUCCACGAGUACCUGUCCGCCGACCUCCUGAGAAAGUAUGGCGUAGGCGUUCCCAAGGGCGCCGUGGCCAAGACGGCCGCCGAGGCCAAGUCUGUGGCCAAGGAGAUUGGUACCGGCGACCUGGUCAUCAAGGCCCAGGUCCUCGCCGGUGGACGAGGAAAGGGAACCUUUGACAACGGCCUCAAGGGCGGUGUCCGUGUCAUCUACUCCCCCCACGAGGCCGAGAUGUUUGCCCAGCAGAUGAUUGGCCACAAGCUCAUCACCAAGCAGACGGGCGCCGGCGGCCGUCUGUGCAAUGCCGUCUACAUUUGCGAGCGCAAGUUUGCCCGCCGCGAGUUCUACCUGGCUAUCCUGAUGGACCGUGCUUCCCAGACCCCCGUCAUCGUCUCGUCGUCCCAGGGAGGUGUCGACAUUGAGACCGUUGCCAAGGAGCAGCCCGAUGCCAUCACUACGACCUACAUCGACAUCAACACCGGCGUGACCGACGAGAUUGCUCGCGGCAUCGCCACCGGCCUGGGCUUCAGCGAGCAGUGCGUCGAGGACGCCAAGGACACCAUCCAGAAGCUCUACAAGAUCUUCCUCGAGCGUGACGCCACCCAGAUCGAGAUCAACCCCCUGUCCGAGACGUCGGACCACCAGGUCCUCUGCAUGGACGCCAAGUUUGGCUUCGACGACAACGCCGACUACCGCCAGCAGGAGGUUUUCGAGUGGCGCGACACUACCCAGGAGGACCCCGACGAGGUCCGUGCCGCCCAGUCCAACCUCAACUUCAUCAAGCUGGACGGCGACAUUGGCUGCCUCGUCAACGGUGCCGGCCUCGCCAUGGCCACCAUGGACAUCAUCAAGCUCAACGGCGGCCAGCCCGCCAACUUCCUCGACGUCGGCGGUGGCGCCACUCCCGCCGCCAUCCGAGAGGCCUUUGAGCUCAUCACCAGCGACCCCAAGGUCAGCGCCAUCUUCGUCAACAUCUUUGGCGGCAUCGUCCGCUGCGACGCCAUCGCCACCGGCCUGAUCCGCACCGUCGAGGCCCUCAACCUCAAGAUCCCCAUCAUUGCCCGUCUGCAGGGUACCAACGUCGAGCUUGCCCACCAGAUCAUCAACGAGUCUGGUAUGAAGAUCUUUUCUAUUGAUGACCUGCAGAGCGCCGCCGAGAAGGCCGUGCAGCUGUCCAAGGUUGUCAAGCUGGCCCGCGACAUUGACGUUGGUGUUGAGUUCACCCUGGGUAUCUAG